AUGUGAUCCGUGCUGCUCUUUCCACCGUGAUCCUCUCACAGCUGGACUGUAAAGUUUCUGAAGUCAAAAGUUUCGACUCUGGUGAUAUUACCCGCUUGUGACAGCACACCACCAUGGCGGAGCUUAGUUUUGUCAUCGCCAUGUCUGUGGUGACUCUGUUUUGGGGAAUUAUCGGAGGAGUAGUGCCCUGGUUCAUCCCUAAAGGACCGAACAGAGGGUAAGUUUGUUAGCUUCGACUUAGCUUCACCUGGCUACAAAGAGGGACGGAAAGUUUUUAUUUGCUGCUGUCCCGUGACUCUCAUAUGAAACACGUAGAUAGAAAUUUCAUGAAACUGUAAAUAAGUCAUGAAGUGUCGUUUUAAAGGUUGGAGAAAUUUAACCGUGUGAUAAAACUUGACAAGCUAGUUAAUAAAGUUUGUUGUCGGCUAAGUAAAGCUAAUUUGACAGCUCUGCCGCUUUAAAUCUAUAUUUUAAAGUUGGAUUAUCCACAUUUUCUAAAUUAUUUCUCAAUAGGCGAGCUGAUUUAAGGUCGGAUAUUAACCAGAGAGUUAACAUGUUUCCUAACUCUGGAAAAUGUGCUCAUUUUAACUUCCCUUAUUUCCCAGUUUGUCAGUGGCAUGAUCACGGGUUCAUCCUCUGUAUGUUGAUGAGUUGCCUGUGAUCAGCUUUGCGUCCACUUUUGCACUGACUUAUUAUGAUUUUAACCAUUUCUAAGUGUUUUUCUCCUGUUUCCACAGAGUGAUAAUCACAAUGCUGGUGUUGACUGCAGUCUGCUGCUACCUGUUGUAUGUAUUAUUCUUUAAAUGUUGCAUGAUUUCCUGAACAACAUGUCCACAUUGUAAAAAGACGAAUACAUAAGUCAGUUGAUCCAUAGACAGAAAAUGUUUGGCGGUUGUUUUACUUGAUUUCAAGUAACCUUUUUCAGCCAUAAAAUGUGUAAAUUGGCUUUUAUUCUUCACUUAGAUAGACGUUAUCAGGAUAUAUUUUGGGUCAGUCUGUGCAAUUUUAUUUGUUUCUGUCUUUUUAAAGACAAGGGGUUAAUAGAGAAAGUAGUUCUCACAUUAUCCAAGUGUACUUUUUUCAGUUUAAGCGCUUAAAAUUAACACUGUAAACCACAAAACUAACAUAAUGGUUGCUCCUCAUUGACACUGUAUUACAUUACAUUUUACUGUUGACUUCAAAGUAAAAGUAUUUACAUGUUUGUUGUUCAGGUAUUUCUUCUCUUUUGCUUCAAGUAAUGUCAAAGAGGAGUUAGUAUUACUUUGCACAUAGCUUGUUUGUUUUCUGAUUAAUUAUUUAAUCGACAGUGCAGUGUUGGUUAGCCUUCAGUGUCGUGUUACAUAUCAUAGGAGCAGCAGUGUGGCAGUCAAGUUGUUAUUUAGUUUUUGACCAACAUAGUUAUGAUGACAAAUGUAGAACAUAAUUUAAUAUGAGCUUUUAUUAGGGUUGAAAAAUGGCUCCACUCAGCUUAACAAGUUUACACACAUGAUUGAAAUGUCCUUUCUGUCAUUCAGCUGGUUGAUAGCGAUCCUGGCUCAGCUGAAUCCAUUGUUUGGACCUGCUCUGUCCACUGAUACGAUCUGGUACCUGAACUUUCACUGGCCUUGAAUUACCUGACAAGGAUUCCUGACCGUGCAGGUAGACCUUUGCCUCUCAAAACAUGAUUAACUGCAUCCACAUCAUGCUAAAUGGAUGUGUAUAUGCUUUAAAUACUGCACUUGUACAUCUCCUACAACUGGUGUAUUUUCUUACCUGAUUCUAUUUGUUCUAACAUGUUUUUUAUUGUAAUUUCUGACAGAAGACAAGGACAUGCCGAAGCUGCAUACCAAUGGGUGUUCGCUCCUCAUGCCACGCAGAGAUAAUUUCUUCUGAAUUGCCUUAAACUCAGCCCCUGUGUGAUUACUGAGUGGUGCCCACACUGGUGCCUUGUACAAAAAAAGAUUCCCAAAGGACCACUGAGAAAUCUCCCUGAAUGUGUUUACCUUAAAGCGGCUGUCACUUGGUGUUUUUUGAUUUAUAUUUAAUGUAUAUUGUGUUUAUUGCUGUUGAUGAUAUGAAUGACCCUUCCUUCGAGUGUGUGGUGUGUUUGAUGUGAUUUCUUUUUGUUUAGCUGUAUAAGUAAUGGAUGUAAUCCAUUCAGUAAUUGUUAAUUAAUAAACUAAUAAUGAAUUCCAGUUUUCUGUAAAA